UAUGAUCUUGUUGACAUCAGCAGACAGGCGUUGCACCUUCUGGUGAUUCCACUCUACCAUGACCUCAUACGAGCCUACAACGCCAAGUCGGCUCCUCAAGUUGCUCAGAUCGGUAUCAAACUACUUAACAUGUUUGAUGACCUGGACAAAAUACUUCAAACCAAUCAUAAAUUUCUUUUGGAAUGCUGGCUAAACUCCGCGAAAGCCAUGGGAACAACGCCAGAAGAGGUUAAGCUUUACGAGUAUAAUGCGCGCAUUCAGAUUACUCUUUGGGGACCUACAGGGAAGUUUGACGACUACGCCAACAAGAUGUGGAGUGGCUUGGUAAACGAUUACUACAAGCCGAGAUGGGAGCUUUUCAUUGAAGAAAUUGUUGACGCUAUUCGACAAGGAAAGAGGUUGGACAAUAACGCGUUUGCUAAAAGGGUACUUGAAAGAGAAACUACUUGGACGCAAGGUAGAAAAAAAUAUCCUUGCAGACCAGUGGGCAACAGUGUUGAAGUGGCGAUGUUCCUACAUAGGAAGUACCGCUUGUACUCGAGUCGAAGGAGGAUUGAGUUAGCUUGUAUUAAGGAAGAUUAG